CGGAUCUUGAACCAUCGAACGACGCCUGCGCAUUGUAUCCGGUCGCAAUGUGAUUGUUCUGUUGUCAAGAUUGAUUGAUUGGCUUAUUGAGUCUUGAGUCACUGAGUCAUUGCUUGAACCGAUGACCAAGAGCACCAGCAGCUUGUUCGACGGCGUUGCCGUGGCCGCAUCGGGGAGGACAGAGGUACGUAUUGUACGUGUAUGGCCUGCGGCGAACGAACACACGAUUGUUGAGUAUGGCAAUUAUAGAUGUGUGUGUCUGUCUUUCUUUUUCGUGUCAGGUGUUCCGCGUGGCGGCCAAGGCGUCCGCCCGCGACAGCGCGGCUGCGGAGCGCAUCGUGCAAAUACUGAGGGUGAGAUGAGGGCAGCGCGUUUCGAAUGUGUGUGCCUGCUUGUGUGUCUGCUGCCUGUCAGGAGCUGGACACCGAUCAGGAUGGGAAGUUCAACACAGAGGAAGUGGUUGUGGCCGUCAAGAUGGUGGGAUGCGGUUGGCAGGCCGAUCAGAGAAGGAUGCGCUCAUGCAACAGACAGACAGACAGACAGAUGGACUCACUCUGCCGGCUGCUCUCUCUCUCUCUCUCUCUGUGUGUGUGUGUGUGUGUGUGCGUCUGUGAGUGGUCAGCUGCUUCACGAGAGGUCCGUCACGAGGCAGCUCAAGUGAGAGUCACACACACACACACACACACAGAGAGAGAGAUGCCACAGCACCCCUCCUAUGAUGGAUGCUGCACGUGGCUGUGUGUGCAGGUGGGUGAUUGCUGCGAUGGCCGCCUUUUAGUGAGACUGCAGACACGCAGCUGAGCUGAUGAGCACACUGCUUGUCUGUCUGCCUGUCUGUCUGUCUGUUUGUCUGUCUGUGUGUAUGGUAUGCAGUGCGGCCACGUUGGCCAUCAUCCUGGGCCUGGUCGUUGGUGGAUCUGAAUGUAAGCCGACCAACCGACCAAACACGUCUCCCUCUACCCCGUGUGUGUGUGUGUGUGUGUGUGUGUGCAGUGACAAAGGAGGCGACAGUGGGGGAGGGCGGGGUGUUCCGCAGCAAGCGCGACAGCAACGUCAAGAUCAGGACACAGGAGGACCUUGACCUCUAUGAGCUCAGCGACCUGUUCAGCACGCCGCUGGAGCAGUACGACCGGCUGGAGGCCAUCCUGGUGCCGCACGGCAACGACACUUUCGGCCACUACAGAGUGGCAUCCAUCCUCAACACACACGACUCACUCGCCUUCACAUUCGUAAGCAAAGCAAUCCCAUUACUGAAGUAAGGAGCCAAACACACUCUCCUCUCCUCACCUCACCGUAGUUGGUGUCCGUCAAUCCGUGUGUUUGUUGGUCCCUCUGACAGAUGAGGGGCGAGGUUCUGAGUGUGCGUGCGGACGGCUACACCUUCACGGAUGCGCGGGACAGGACGCUGCGGGACGUGACCUUCAAGCAGGAGGAGGACGAGGCGGCCUCGAGGCGGAGACUGAUGCCGUCCUUUAUGAGUGGGGGUGGGAGGAGCAGGGGGUACAGCCCUCACCUCGCCAUCAGGUACCUCACCUGUCCCUUGGUGCGCUGGAUGCGCGUGUGGUGUGAGCGUCCCUUAAAGCUUGUGUCCUUUGCUGUGCUGUGUCCGUCCGUCCCUCGCUGCGCUGGUAGGUGUCGCAAUGGUGCGCGGGAUCCUCAGUGCCUCUCCGCCAGUGCACAACGCGUCUUCUCGGUAGGUCACACAGGGGAGGCGACUAGCUAGAGUCGGCAGUCCCACCCUCGUGUGUGUGUGUGUUGGAUCCGAUCCACAGGGCGUGACGCACUCGUUUGUGAUAGGCGGGCGGCGUGUGGACGUGCCCUUUAACAGCCCAGUCAUCCGCUCGUAUGUCGGAGGGUCCUCCAGCUGAGUGAGUGAGCCCAUGGAAGGGAGCAAGGAUGAGAUAUCUAGAUGAGACGAAUGAAUGGUGUGGGGCAUAUGGAAUGCAGCGCAGCGCAGCGCAGCCAGCCGUGGGGUGCGACAGACAGACAGACAGACAGACAUCAAUCCAAUCAAUGGUCAGACAUGAGUGAGUGCGAUGCCUGCACGACACGGCGUGACUUCAUGCUGCACGCACGUAUUACGUACGCUGCAGCGCACUGCACUGCACUGGCCUGAGCUGAGCUGAGCUGAGCUGGGCUGGGCUGGGUCGGUGCUGUGCUGCUGUUGUUGUACUUGGUGUCUGUCUGUCGAGGGUGGGGUGGAGAGAGAGAGCUCUUUUCUCUGUAGGAGGGUUUUUAGUGUCAGUGAGGACACUGCUGGCUUAGUCAGUCGCUGUUUUUCCAGUCAACUUGUUUGUUCAACGGUCCCCUCACACACACACACACAGAAUGCUGCGUACCCAGCUGUUUAUUGGUCUGUGAGUCGUCUGUGGCCAUGCCGACGUCGACAGGCGUGGUUUGGUGGCCUUUAGUGGGUGAGACGUUGUGUCUUAUUGUGUGCGUUUCGACUAUGGGUGUGGCGUGUCGGUGGGGAGAGGCAUGACGGGCGGACGGGUGCGCUGCAUUCAUUGUUUGUCGUGUUU